AUGCCUCCAAAAGCUCGUGCUGCCGCUAUUCACUUGGGAAUCGCUCGGUCUGCCCCUGGGCGCCCCGACAUCGGCAGUCUGACAUUGCAAGAUCCAUCGAUUGAAGCCCCCGUUGGUCGUCCCCCAGCUGCCCACGACAUCGAACCUACCAUCGAAUCUUGCGUCGCCGGAAUCACAAAAAUCGAACUCAACCAUCUUGGCACCUUCUGCCAUUUCUGCUCGGAUGCGUGUGAUACAACAACUUCCCACAUGUGUGUCAAAUGUGGCGCCAUUAUAUGUCACCAAACACGGCCGGGCGGAUCUGGAUGCAUUGGCCACGACUCGGUCCCGAAGAAUUGGGAGUUCCUGUGUCCACUGUGCGCUAGAAAGAUCGAUGGAAAGGAGAGGAGCUUACCUUACAAGGUAAUCGGAUAUGGGAUGCGCAAGAGAGUGAAGAAGGCGUGGCCAGCUUGUAUUGUUCACAUAACCUUAGAUUCGAUGAAGGACCAUUAUCUGAAGCUCCUGAUUAAUCUUGACCUCGUGACCCAAUACAAACAAUCAUCUGCAAAUUUGACCACUGCUACCCUCGCCAUGAAGGCAGGGGCUCACGGGAAACAAUCGCGUCUGUUGAAAAUACCUUCGAACUUCAUUACCACCUCCAUCUUGGAGAAUGUUCCCAGCAAUACCUUUGUGAUCAUGGACACCCACUCCGAUGAGUACACUGGAAUGUUGCAGCAUACCGGUGGGGCUUCCGGAGGAACCAAUACCACCGCCGCAGAAAUAAUAGAAGCCUACCUCGGUAAGCAGUUCAUGAAGGCGAUGAAGAUGGCGUCAUCAUAUGCGAGAGAUGAUAAGUCGGUGGAGACGACCGUCAAGGGUAGCACGCCAUGGUGCGAUACCACGCCCAAGGCGAGGGGUGGACGGCGGGGACUUAUCCUGGUUACUUGUGGGCCUGCCAUGCGAGUCAGACAUCACUUUGACUCGCUGCUGACACUGGUGAAGGAUCCCCCUCAUAAGUAUCUUAGCGACGUCUUUGAUUUUAUCAUUGGAUUUGGAGGAGCCUCGACGCUCCCUGUGAACGUUGGCCCCAUGGUUCAAGCCUUUGUUCGCAAUGCUACUCUGUUCGGAAUACCGGAUGUCUGGGACUCAUUGUGCGAAUUACUCGCCUCCAGUCCAGAUGUUUUAGACCACAACACCGUCGUGAUUGUCUAUGGCUCAUACGCAGAGGGGAAGCGCAUCGUUGAGAGCAGAGAGAUAAGCAAGCACCGUCCUCCGUAUCGUGCGUUUGGCCACGAGUUCAGUGCAUGCGCGAAAGAAGGCUGCCGUCCCGCGGCAUCGGACAACCGGGUGUCGACAAAGAACGGCAAGGUUCGCAUUACCUGUGCAAAGUGUCAAUGGACAUCCGCCUGGGUGGCUAUUGACAAGGACAAUGAGUAUUUCUUCCGCGUCAAACCUACCAUUGCUCCGACGCUCUUCUGGCACCAUUUCCCCCCAUCAGCUGGACUCAAUAACUUUUUCGUGAACGCCACUCGAGCCGCCGAUCGAAAGGACUCCAGGAGGAGCAAAAGACACGAGGCCAACACUGAAGCAUCCACCCGUCGUCCUGUGAAACGCAGGAGGUUGUCGUCAAGUUUGGAAGGGUCAAGCAACGAUGGCAGCGAAGGGUCGCCUAUGACAUAUGAAUGA